GUUUUGUCAGAUCCCUUGAAAAAAGAACGCUACGAUAAAUUUGGUUCAUUCGACGAUCCACCUUCUAGUCAUUCAUAUACGCAUCAUCCGUUCGAUAAUUUGUUUGACUUCGGUUUUGGUGGUUUCGAUAGUGGCAACUCUUUUUUCCAAAAGCACCGUAUUUCUAUGCGGACAUUUUCGCAUACAUUGUUGGAACGCAGCUAUUUUCAGCCAGUCAUAAUAUUUGCAUAUUCCGGUUAUUGCCAGCUUUGCUUUCAUUUAGAACCUAUUUGGCAAAGUGUAGUAAACGAUCUUGAACCACUGGGCUAUAACAUUGGUACAGUUAAUGCAAUUACUGAUGGUAAUUUAUUGGAAAAAAUGCGGAUCUCUCGGCUACCAUCUAUUGUUGUGGUUGUUGAAGGACGAGUUAUUCAUUAUCGAGGCUCAAUGCAACCACUUUCUGCUAAAGCUGUUCGUGUUUUUGCGCGUGACGUAAUCCCAAAUACUUUCUUACUUAAAAUCACAAAUCAUGAUGGCUUACGACGUUUUAUUGAUCAGUGGAAGAAUUCGAACAGGAUUUCUGUUGUAAUCUUCGGAAGCAAAGAAAAUCCUCGAAUUCGCUACGUCCUUACUGCUAUGAAAUACGCAACUUUUGCACGAUUUGCUUAUGUUUACCUGAGCGAUCAAAGUACUGAAAUUGUAAAAAUGCGACAAGCUUUAGAUAUUACAUGUUUCAAAUGCGAAAAUAUACUGAUUUUUAAUGAUUUUCCUCAGGAAGGACCGAUUGCUCGUCUUUCAGUUAGCAAUGGUCAGCAGUUUCAUGUCGACACUAUAGGAGAAUUUAUUGAGCAAAAUAAACAUCUCACUCUACCAAGGCUUUCAAGUCAGUCUUAUUUCGAUGAUCUUUGUCCGGUUUCAUCACGGGCCUUGCGAAGUUUUUGUAUUAUUCUUAUGACAACAGAUUCAUCCAGUGAUCUGUCGCAAAUUGCAUCUCUUCGCAAUUUCGUUCAUGACCGAAAAGAUGAUUUUAAGAAUAAGAGAUUACAUUUUGCAUAUGUUUAUGAAGGUGGACGUAAUCUGCUGAUUCUUUGGCGUUAUGAUCAGAAAAAAGUUCGUUUUGCCUGGUUGAACGAACGGUGGCCGAUAAAAGAGAGCAUUAGUGAAAGUGAUCUUCAUUUGGAACUGGAGGCUUACAUCAAAGGAGUCACAAAAUUAAAUUAUCAAACAACUCUUAAAUCAAUGUUAGAUGAAUAUCGUCCAUCGUGGUUUACUCGCAUUUCGCGUGCUGCUGUACGAAUGUUUGAAACUACAUGGUUCAGUCUGACUAAGGAAGAAACUUUACCGUUGUUGAGUGCUGUAGGAACAUUGUUGAUAAUAUUUUUUAUCGGUUAUGGCUUGAGUUAUGCAAGUUCAUUGGAAGAAAAAUCUCGCAGUUACGUUUCACAGGAAAUGAGAAAGGAUAACAAACAGACUGCUGAUGAUGAUGAUCAGUGGCAUCCUGAAGAUCCGCGUGUUGGGCCUGGAAUUAACAAUCGGCCGCGAGUGCUCAGAAAACAACAAAGAAUAAUGCGCGAAAUGGAACCAAUGAUGCAUGAAUUGAGAGCAGAAACAUAUUUUGGAAUGAUCAGACUCUUGAAGCCUGGAUGCCGAUCUAUCGUGGUUCUUGUUGAUGAACAGUCAAAGGAUAUUUUACUACCACAGUUUGCUAAGCAUGUUUGGCCAUUUAGAAACAACAAAACAUUCUCAUUUGGCUAUUUAAUGGUGGAAAAAAACCUUUCUUGGUUCCGUACGCUCCUGGAGCAUACAUUACCAGCUGAAAAUGGACAAACAGAUGGAUCAUCGAUGUAUGAACGCUUGAAAAAUAUAAAUCCUCGUAGAACAUUAGGAACAGUGCUUGUGUUAUGUGGUUGGAAAUUAUAUUUCAAUAUGUAUCAUCCUAUGCACACACCACCUGGGAAAAAACAUUUUCUGGGUUUUGAUGAUGACGGUAAAGAUUUAAGUAGCGAAGAUUCCGACAUUGACAAAGCAUCUCGAGAAGAGACCCAGGCCUUGCGCAAAGGACAACAUCUAAAAUUGGAAGACGUAUUGAAUGAUCUUCCGAACUGGUUGGAUCGUUUGGUAGAAGGUUCUAUUAGACGAUAUUAUGUACCCGAGUGGCCUAACAAUUUGCGAUAA